UUAUAACACAUCACUUCACAACAACCAAUCAGCAACUAACAUAACUUCCUUCCUUCCUUCCCGCGUCUUUUCCCUCUCUUCUCUGCACCAAAGAUUCUGAAGAAACCAACCAAAAUGCGAAGCUGCAUCAUCAACCUCUGGAUCGUGGCGGCACUCGUCGUCCCCGUGCUCCUCUCUCUCAGAAGCCCUCGAGGCGAAACCCAAACCCAAACCACUUCUUCUUUCUCCGAUUCUUCUACCUUUUCUUUGAAGCUUGCAAAUGGAUUUGGCUUCUAUGCUGUCUCUUUCCCUUUCAACCAAAGGAUACGUGAUGGGUCCAAUCUCGAAUACGAUUUCUAUAGGGACACGUGUCCCCAAGCGGAGGGUGUUGUUCGUUCGGCGCUCACUCGCAUAUACUUCGACCACAGGGACGUUGCACCUGCUCUGCUUCGUCUCUUCUUCCACGAUUGCUUCAUCGAGGGGUGUGAUGCUUCUUUGCUGUUGGAUGAGAACAAUGGUGAUAGAAACCGUUCGGUGGAGAAGCAGGCUGUGCCAAAUCAGACAUUGAGAGGUUUUGACAAAAUUGAGCUGAUAAAAGAAGAGGUGGAACAAGCAUGUCCCGGGAUUGUGUCUUGUGCUGACAUACUUGCUCUUGCAGCAAGAGAUUCCAUUCUUCUGGCUGGUGGACCUUUCUAUCCAGUUUUAACAGGAAGAAGGGAUAGCCAUCAAUCAUUUUUUGAGGAAGCAACUGAUCAGAUUCCCAGACCUGAUGAUAACGUUACACGCACACUAAAUCUCUUCAAUCUCAGAGGAUUCAAUGCAAGAGAAACAGUCAGCCUUCUUGGAGGACACAACAUUGGCAAAAUCGGCUGCGACUUCAUUCAGCAAAGGCUGUACAACUUUCAAGGCACAGGACAACCAGACCCCAGCAUCCCCCUCGAUUUCCUUCGCCAGAUGAGGCUAAACUGCCCAGACAGCAAGAACAGCAGCACCAGCAUAGACGAGUUUACGAUCUCAAAGCCAGUGAGCAGUGAUUUCCACUCCAAAAUGGGGAUGUCAUACAUGCAGGCACUGUCAUCUUCAGUGUCAUCAGGAGCAUCAUUUGACACUCACUACUACCAGAGCCUGCUAAGAGGAAGAGGGCUUCUUUUCGCGGAUCAGCAGCUGAUGGCCGAGCAGAAAACCGCCAGAUUGGUCUCUGCUUAUGCUUCAGAUGAUGGAUCAACCUUUCGAAUGGACUUUGCUAGGGUCAUGUUGAAAAUGUCUAACCUUGAUGUUCUAACUGGACUUCAAGGUCAGGUUCGAGUCAAUUGCUCACUACCUGUGUCUUCUUAAGAGUGAGUAUGUAUGUUCCUUCUGGCAGCAGUCAGAUAUCUCAUUGUUUUGUACAGUUUGGUAUACCAUACCAAAUUUGAUUCCCAACAGGAUAUACAUUUGAGGCUAGUUUUGGUUAUGUAAAGUGGCUGUGAGUUUCAAAACUUGGCUAGUCUUGGUCAAGUUGCAUAAAAUGUUUAGCUUGUGGAAAUGUGUUCUUUCAUUUCCUACUAUAUACAAAAAAAAAAAAAAAAAGUAAAAGAAAUCCAUACUAUCAUAGGUUCAUCUCGAUGAUGUAUGAGUUUUUUGUUGCAUGGAUAUUAUUAGUCCAUCAAAUCAAAUAUAUAUAA